AUGCAUCAUUUUCAACCACAUCAAAUCAUUCGUUUCCAAAAACGACACAAGAAGUUACAAAAAUUCUUCAAACGAAUGGGUUUUACUGGCAAUAUUCCAUUUUCUUUGGAUUUUGGAUCUCUUUCAGCUAGAGAAAGGGUGACAUUUAUCAAUGAAAUAGAAACUGCUUAUGGUUUUGUCGAAACUCUUCCUCCAAGAGCUGUAUUUAAAUUUUGUGAUCUUAUAGAUGCCGAUGCAGAUACAACGGUUUAUAUGGUAUUAAUGGCAUCCAUGAAUUCCAAUUGCAGAGAUUAA